CGACGGUCGAGAUGUAUUCCUCACUGCGCACGGCUGUUGUCCUCCUCGCUGCGAGCUCCAUUAUUGGGUCUUCUGCGGCGACAUCCGUACCAAAGGAUUUGCUCGCACGGGCAGCUAGCCGUGGGGAGACUUUGGAGAGCAUUCAAGCACGGGAUAACACCAAUAACAACAACCACUACUGUUCUCCUGGAAACUACUGGCAGCCUUUCUUCGGCACUGGUUUCUGCUUGACAUGCAGCAGCGGCUCCUGGUGUCCUGGCGGGACCAACGCCCCGGAGAACGACUGCCCCGCUGGUACUGCCAACUCUCGCCAGGGAUCGACUUCCUCCACAGCCUGCAGCACCUGCAGCGCAGGAUACUACUCCAGCUCAGGCGCCAGCGACUGCACCAAGUGCCCGAACGGACAAACCUCUUCUCCCGGCUCCUCCCAGUGCUACUCUAUCAACAGCCAUCGUCCGCGCUCACUCAAGUCGAGGCGCGGAGGCGCGGAAUGCAAGCAGGGCUUUGAGAGCUGCCCCGUCCUCUCAGGCAGGGGAGGACUGGAGUGCGUAGACGUCCAGAACGACCUUGAGUCAUGCGGAGGCUGCGUGGGGUACGAUAACGAGGGCACUGGGGUGGACUGCACGGCCAUCUCUGGCGUCUCCUCUGUACAGUGCGUCGCUGGGGAAUGCGUCGUAGACUCGUGCACCCGUGGGUUCAAGCCAGACGCCAGCGGAACCUCGUGCGAACGCAUUCCGGGGCUCCUCACACAGACGAAGCGCGCUCGUCGUCAAAACCAGAGCCGCGCCGCUCUCUAGAUACUCCUUUCUCCAUAUCUCUUUUUUCGGACAUUUAUGGCCAGGGGGGAUAUAUGAUGUAUUCACUUCAAGGACGUGGAUUCUUCUUUUGCAUUGGCAAGUGCUGCCUGAGCAUCUACUAAUAAACUUUCGUUUGUAAUGCCUUGUGAAUGAAAAUGUAUUGUAUAGACC